AUGGAAGUUGACAUUACUGGGCUAAGUGCAGUGGAGGAUGUUAAAAUUAUUGGAGACAGCUCUUACAUAAUCCAUAACGGUUCUGUUAUGGUAUCACGGAGGUCCAGUUUUUCCGACAGGUCAUCUGCUGAAGAAAGUGAUGGUGAGAUGUCAUUUACUGCUGCUGCUGAGUGAGUGGGUUUUUAUGUUUAUUGUGUUUCUCCACCUCUGUACUGGCAUUCAGGCAGCAUAGUUUGCUGAUGCUUAGUUUUCUUGAUGUUACUGAUGGUGUUAUGGAGACGACAAUGUCUGACGAAACCAUGCUGUACGAAAUCCUAGGUGCAGUCGAGCAUUUUGCCACACAGAUCAAAUACUAAGACUAUCAUUUUGUAGAAAAGUUAUGCCGUAAUGAAAGACAUUUAAAAUUAACAUAAUGUUUAUGUGACAAAUCAUCUGGUUUGUUUGACUAAGAUGGUGGCCUAACCACACAUGCCCUUUGUAAUAGGAACAAAUUUUUCCAGGCUUGCUUGUUGAGGUAGAUAAACUUUAUUUAAAGUAUGUUGACCAUUUAGUGUCCUUUAUAUAGUAUUGUAAAUAGUUUGCUAAUAUGUGCUCAAGUUUAUCAUUUCCAUUAUCUUAUUCACUUAUAUAGUGAACAACUAAAUGAAGCUCUACGUGAUCUUGAUGAUAACAAGAAUUUAGAUGAUAGUGGGAGUGAAAGCGAAUAAGAGUCAUCUUUAUGGUGGGGAUAAAAAGAUAGUCAACUUAAACAUGUAGGGAUCAAAACAAAAAGCCUUAUCUCAGAACUAAAGAAGCUAAUCUGUUCUUUGACAAUAUUUCUUUCACCAUAGGGAAGCAGAUCUUGAAGAGGAGCUUGAGGAAGAAGCGGUGGUGGAUGAGCUAGAUGCCAGCUUACUUCAGGAAUUGCUCCCAGUUUCAUCAACAAAUGAACAGAAGCAGCAUCCUGAAAACAGCUCAAGACAUGAACUGCCAACCAAUCAAGUUACUAAGACAACAAGGUCUGUUAUGACCCAGACAGGGGGAAGAAAUGAAGCCAAACCAUCCGUUCCAAAGCACAUGCCAGAAUAUGGGCCUCACCAAAAGUUUACUAGGAGAUAUGAGGAAAGUCAGUACCCAGGGGAGCUUGGAAUCAUCAAGGGAACCAAAGUUAUCUGUUCUUUGGAUCUCUUAGUCCAGCAGUUGGGAGGAAUGUGCAAGCAUCCAGGAUGUAUUUUUGACACCACAGUUGAUUACACUUUGUGUGGCACCAGUGCCAUGAUUCGCUGGAAGUGCCCUGCUGGUCACAUUGGUAGAUUCUGCACUUCAGGGGAAGUGAACAAUGUCUUGUCUAACAAUCUUCAAGCUGCUGCAGCUGUUUUGUUGUGUGGGAACAACUUUGCAAAAAUAGAAAGGUUUGCCCAAUUUUGGGGUCUUUCCUUCAUCUCUCCUUCAACAUUCUCUAGAGUACAGAAGUUGUACUGCAUACCCGCAAUUGAUGAAUGGUGGCAGUGGAUGAGAGCAGAGCUUAUUGCUGAAUUUCAAAAUAAAGAAUUGGUGGUUAGCGGUGAUGGUCAGUGUGAUUCGCCUGGGUUUUCUGCAAAAAACCUAUGCUACUAUUUGAUGGAAAUUGUGUCAGAAUAUAUAUUGGAGGUGGAGGUGCUUGAUAAACGCCAUGUUGGCAUGAAGUCAAGUACAAUGGAAACCAGAGCUCUUAAGAAUGCUUUGAAACGGCUGAAAAGCAUAGCCAGUGUGAUAGAAGUAUGUACCGACGCCUCCUCAUCAAUAAAGAAACUUGUAGGUAAAUAUUUCAAUUUUUUGUUUCUUGACAAUGUCCAGGGAACUCAGCAAUUCAUUUCUUCAAAAGAAAGUACAAAUUAACUUUAUUGUGGAAAUAAUAUUACUGUUGGUGAAUGACUGUUUAUUCUUGGUUGUGGGAAAUACAAGGAAGUUAUAAGUUAGCUUACUCUUGAAAAUAAGUUCUCAAAAUAAAUUUGAUGUUAAGAUACAGUCUACCAUUAAGGUACACAGAAAACAAGCAGAUAUACAGUGUCUUUAUGUGUGUUUUGUGUUUCAGUACAGUAAAAGAAAUUGUUCUGUUUUACCCUGCAAAUUAUUUUUUUACACAAAUUACACUUAUUUUGUUGUUUGCUGUAGCUGAUGACUUCACAGACAUCUUUCAUUCACUUGAUAUCUGGCACAAGGCAAAAAGUAUCAGGAAGUGUAUUCAGAAGGUAAUUUCCGAAGUAUUCUAUAGAUACUUGUAAGCAACAAUUGUGAGGAGCCCCUAUGUAUGUUCUGAAUGCAUCUGCUAUUAUUUGGCUGAGUGAGGAGAGGAGAUAAACAUACUUAUGGGACAUGUAACUGUUCUUGAUAGCAUUGAAGGGGUGAAAUGAGAACUAGGAGUUUUUUAUUUUUAUUUUCAGAGAAAUGGGAAUGGAGUCACAUGAUAUGCAUGUACACGUUGUGGUUGAAUUCUAUCCUUUGACUGCCAUUUUUAUUACAAUAAUGUUUGAAACAAGUUGAGAUGAUUAUCGUAUUUGAAAAUUUUUUACCUUCACUAUAACUACUAACUCCUACAGAUUUGAUUGUUUGUGUUACUUGUUUUCUGAUCUCUUUUGCAUCAGGUUGCUGCCAUAAAAGGUAAUGAGAAGAUAGCUUCAUGGUCUGACAACAUAAUCAAUCACUUCUGGUUCUGUUGUGCGGUGGCAUCAGAAUGUGAUGACCAAGUAAAGGCAACCAAAAUAUUAAAGGUAUUAUUUUGCAUAAAGAAAUUAAAUGCAAUAAUAGUUCAGAGGACAUGAAAUUUUCCUUAUUCAGGCGCCACAGAUUGACAACUCAUGAUCAGAGCAUCCAUUUAUCUUUGAAAAAAGAGUGUGACAAAUUGUCGAAAAUAUUUCUUUUCAAACUCUUUUUAAAGACAGUCAGUGACUCCACUAACUAUUUAAAAUAGAACAGAACUAGUCAUCAUGCCCAUUAGGAGCCAGGCUGCCAUUGACCAAAAGUGUUUGUUUUUGACGAAUAAAUGGAUUGACCUUCUGCACCAUGUGUGUGAUGAGUACCAGUGGACAGGAGGACAGUGUGACCAAGAGGAACUUGGCGCAGAUGAGGAACGACCCCCCUGGUUUGACUGCCGCGAUAAGGACUUUGCUGCACUCCAGAAAGUCAUACUCGAACCUACUCUUCUGGAAAGUUUCAAGUACUAUGUAAAGUUUAGGUAUGUUGUAUAGGCAGUAAGCAAAACAAGGGGUUAUUGUUUCAAUGAAACUCUUACUGUUUGCUUUCCUCGUGGAUGGAUCUACAUUGCUUGUACUCUUACAGUACUAUUUUUUUUUACUACAGUAUCUUCACACCUUGAGUUAAAGUUGUGGUGCCAGCAUGAAAGUUGUUCCAAUAUAUUGGCACAUGUCAGGAAAGGCCAAUUUGGUAUGGUUUUCAAAGGUCUCGAAAGCUAUCCAGUGUUAUUUAGCAUGAAUGGAGCUUUAUAUGUGAAUUUUAAGUUUUUGAACAAUUUUUUUUAUAUCCUUUACGUCAUUUUGCUUUCAGACAUACAGGUUCGCUUGAGUGUGCUAAUAGCAUGUCCUUAGGAUACACUUUAAAGAGGUGUUCAUACAAGUAGGUCACCUCCUUUUUCUCUUAAUUUAUUGCUUGCAGUUUUUAUUUUACUUCUGAAAAGCAAGUUAUUUGCAGAUAGCUCUGAUAUAUGCACUAAGACCAUGAUGUAGGCAUAAUGUUCUAGUGUAGUGAAAAUAAAAUGUAGAUGAAAGACACUCAGUAGGUACUGUCUGUUACAUGUGUACUACAGUCACCUGUGUAUUUUUUGGAGCAGUGUUUUGAAACAAAUGUUUUUUCCUUGUAGCCAUGUACCUGUCAACCUAUACUUUUGUCUUAUUAUUUACUACUUAGGUUCCAAGUUUACAAAGCCAGAAGGCAGCUUGCGGCAGUGGACUGGAACUACCAUAUCAAUAGACCCCUUUCUGUUAACCAGAAUGGCGAAGCACGCCACACAAGAAAGUACAAUCAAAGAACCAAGGAGUGGAACACCAAAGUGGUCAAGGUCUCUAAAGACUUCAAUUAUAUUCGUAUCUUGAUGGCAAAGAUCUUCAAACGAAGAAUCAACGACAAGGGUCCAGUAGAUCGCCAUAUCUCUUUGUCUGACGAUGAUCCUGCAAGAAUUGCUCCAACAAUUGCACAAGUACCACCUCCAUCCUCAAAAGAGUUGUUCGUUAAACACCAGUCAAGGUUUUCAAAGUGCAAAAAUGACUUAUUUUCAGCGAAACAGUCAACACAAACCAACAGUGAAUGA